CCCAGUUCUUGCAGGUGCAUGCAUGUAUGUGAUUGUGAAGAUAGUUGAAAGUCAGCUUCUCUCAGUUGAGCAUCUACUUCAGAAGAGGACGUAAGUCGUUAGACAUAGGGACAGCUAGUCACAGAGCUAGAGUCCGACAGUGGACAUGAUUGUACUUCAAUGAUUGAUGUCUCUAGUUUUCUAGGUGAAAUAAUUGGGACUGGAGUGCACAGAUUAUGCAGACAAGCCCCUCCGUCUAUCACCGCUUUGUGUAAUUGGUAAACAAUUCUCUGUAUCGCUGCGGCGGUGCAGCUUGUAAAACAAUCCCGCGCCCUUGCUCUCUAGUUCUCGAUCAGAAAACAUCAAUAAAAAUUCGACACCACGAACCGGAGCGACGGGUACGUCGGCAAACGCUAGCGACCCUGCUUGGCCACUGGACGGUGGACGAGAGCUGAUUCGGCAGGCAUGCCUUGCUCAUGUCUGAAACCCGCGGGUGAGGAGGACCUGGAGGUGUUGAACGCUCACAGGAGAAUUGAAAAGGAUAUAGUAGCUGAUUCCAAGCUCAUAAAGACCCAAAUUAAAUUGCUAUUGCUCGGAGCUGGUUCGUCAGGCAAGUCGACAUUUGUGCGGCAGAUGCGUAUCAUCCAUGGGAAUGGCUUCAGUGAUGAGGAGCGGCGAUUUAUCCGAGUGAUCAUUUACGAUAAUGUAGUCACGUGUAUGCAGACACUCAUUGCUGCCAUGACGCAAUUGAACAUCGUGUUUGAGAAGGAGUACAGUAAACAGUGCGCUGGAUAUGUGGCCAAUAUUAAAGCAGAGCGCUUUGCGCACGCGGACGAGUUUGUUGGCGUGUCUGAGUGGAUUCAGGAGCUUUGGAAGGACGGCGGCAUUCAGGUGUGCUACUCGCGACGCAGCGAGUUUGAGAUAAUGGACUGCUGCAGUUACUUCCUGGACAAUGUCCAUCGCUUGGCCGACGGCAGCUAUGUGCCGACGGACAUGGACGUUGUGCACAUGCGCAGUCCGACUACCAGCGUACUCGAGUACGACUUCCUCCUCGACGAUCUUACCUACAAGAUCGUCGACGUCGGCGGCCAGGAAACGGAGCGCCGCAAGUGGCUUAGCUGCUUCGAGGGCGUCACGAGCGUGAUCUUCCUGGCAGCGCUCAGCGAGUACACGCACGUGUACGCCGAUGAAGACGGCAAGAAGUACAACGCUCUGAUGGAGAGCCAGCAGCUAAUGGCCAAGGUGAUGCGCUCCAAAUACCUGUCGACUGCUUCUUUCAUUCUCUUCCUCAACAAGAACGACGUGUUCGAGGAGCGAAUUCGCAACUACAAGCUCCGAGAGUAUUAUCCUGACUACGCAGGACCUUCCCGGAAUGCCGAUGCUGCCUACAAGUACAUUGAACGCAUGUUCAUGAUGGGCGUUCCCAUGGAGCGCGAGCAGCUUCAGCAGAAACGCAACCAAUCGGCCAAAAUACUGGCCGAGGAGCCACUAGUCUACUGUCACCGGACAACAGCGACAGACACGGAGAACAUUCGCCGCAUAUUCUCAGCGGUCAAGGACACAAUACUGGAACACUUCCUCACCGCUUUCCGGAUGAUGUAGUCAUCAUGUACAGAGGGUGUAGGCUUCAGUUCGUGUUUGUGACUGUACUGGAGCGUUGAUACAAGUCAUGUCACACAUACCAUGCAGAAGACACUAGUUCCACAUCCUGCCGCUACUGCACCGAAGCAAGGGUGCGAGCACAGCGGAGAGCGAGGACAGUAUUCUUGCUGCUGCUGCGGUUGGUAGCUGUCAAAGGCGCACGAAGGCGAUUGGUGCAACCGUGGUGUGGUGCAAAUCGAUUUAAACAAGCUUAACCGCCCGUGCCGCAGUGUCAAGACACUCAUUGAUUCACGCGACUAGCUGCACAUGGGUUAUGUAGCUAGCAAGGGCAUGAGCACGU